AUGAAACAAUAUGUUGCCAUGAAGACAAAUAAAAACUCGCAAAUAUUUCAAAAUUUCAAACGAGCUCUAGACACAGUGAUUUGCACAAAACCAACAAACUUGUGCUUCUCAUAUGAAACAAAAGCAAUAAACGUCUUGAAGUUAACUAAACACUUUACAAGACAACAAAUUUGUUUUGUUAAUUACCAUUUAAAUCUUAAAGUUACUCCAAGCCUUUCAUUUCCUUGUUUGAUAUCAUUGAGAAAUGUUAACGACGAAGAAAGCUACUGUUAUGAUGAUCUAGCCUGUGAUCAAGAACAUAUUUUAAGUGGGCUUUUAAUAAUAAAAAAAGGAAAUCCAAAAGCACAUAAUGUUCUUGAGAGAAGUUUUUGUGUGAAAGAAAAAAUUGUAAAUUCUUUUUAA